GGCCCGGGGCCUCACUACGUGUUCCAUUUCCGGUCCAGUCUCCAACAACGCCGGAGGAGGAAGGAAUCGAACCUUCCUAUUCUCUCUCUUCUCCUCGUCCCGGCGCGGCGGGGCGCUCUUUGCGGCGCCCGAUUCAUCAGCACGACGGAAAUGGGCGCGCGCGGGGGCGAGGCGGAGGCGGAGGCGGCGAGGGUGGCCAAGGGAGGGGGAGGGGGAGGACGAGGAGGAGGGGCGGGAGGGAUGAGGCUGUUCUCGCCCGAGUACUACGCGCUGUGCGCAGGCGGCGGGAUGCUGGCCGCGGGCGCCACCCACCUCGCCAUCACCCCGCUCGACGUCCUCAAGGUCAACAUGCAGGUGAAUCCCAUGAAGUACACCAGCAUAUAUUCGGGACUGAACAUUCUUGUAAAGGAAGAGGGAGCUUCAUCGCUUUGGAGGGGAUGGGCUGGGAAAUUUUUUGGCUAUGGUGUUCAAGGUGGCUGCAAGUUUGGUCUUUAUGAGUAUUUCAAGAAGAAGUAUUCUGAUGUGCUAGUGGACAGAAAUAAGAGCACCAUUUACUUUCUUAGCAGCGCCUCUGCUCAAAUCAUAGCUGAUGUUGCCCUCUGCCCCUUUGAAUCGGUGAAAGUCCGUGUGCAGACACAACCUAUGUUUGCAAAAGGUUUGGUUGAUGGCUUUCCAAGGGUGUAUGCCACUGAAGGCUUGUCUGGCUUUUACAGGGGCCUUUUACCUCUUUGGGGACGGAAUCUUCCAUUUUCUAUGCUAAUGUUUUCAACAUUUGAGCAUUCCGUGGAUAUCCUAUAUAAGAAUGUUAUUCAGAAGAAAAAAGAGGAUUGUUCAACAUUGCAGGAGCUUGGUGCAACUUGUUUGGCUGGGUAUAUCUCUGGUGCAGUUGGUACUAUUGUAUCAAAUCCCGCAGAUAACAUUGUCUCAUCUUUGUACAACAAAAAGGCCAGAAAUAUCGUAGAUGCUGUGAAAAGUAUUGGGUUUCGUGGCUUGUUCACAAGAAGCUUACCGGUUCGAAUCACUCUUGUUGGGCCUGUCAUAACCAUGCAAUGGUUCUUCUAUGAUACAAUUAAGAUAUUGACUGGACUGCCAACGAGUGGAGGGCUUCCUCGUGAACUGGAAGAAAUUGACAUCUAACUUGACCAGUUUUAAAAACGUUUUUUUGUUAGUAUGCUUUGUUUUAUUCACAGAGAAGUGAUAGCACAUGAUUCUGACCGACUAUUGGAAAGACUACAGUUGAUAGUUUCAGGAAGCAACAAAUUGAGCGAUAUACACCGUGUACCAUAUGAAUGGCAUGUCUCAUAUUGCAGUUGUAUCCCAACACCUUAAAGUAACCAAUAUAAGCUCCAGGAGAUCAGCACUUCUCAAGGGACACUUGUUCUUUAAAGAUGCUUUUAUUAACUCCAGUUUGAAAAUGUUGUAUGAGAAAAUGUUCUCAUGUAUAUACACUUUCCUCCAUUGUACAUAUUAUUGAUAAGGAUGAAAACUAAGAUCUUAUUUU